GGCUGAGCGCGGGGCCGGGGCGGGGCGGCGGCUGCGCGGGCCGGGCGCGGCCAUGGCGAAGCACACCGUGUCCUCGGCGCGGUUCCGCCGGGUGGACGUGGACGAGUACGACGAGAACAAGUUCGUGGAUGAGGAGGACGGGGGCGACGGGCAGGCGGGGCCCGACGAGGGCGAGGUGGACUCGUGCCUGCGGCAAGGGAACAUGAUGGCUGCGCUGCAGGCGGCUCUGAAGAACCCUCCCAUCAACACAAAGAACCAGGCCGUGAAGGAUCGUGCCGAGAGCAUUGUGCUGAAGGUCCUCAUCUCUUUCAAAGCCAACGAUAUCGAGAAGGCGGUGCAGUCACUGGACAAGAACGGUGUGGACCUGCUCAUGAAGUACAUCUACAAGGGCUUUGAGAGCCCCUCCGACAACAGCAGUGCUGUGCUGCUGCAGUGGCAUGAGAAGGCCCUGGCUGCCGGAGGAGUUGGGUCCAUUGUCCGCGUUCUCACUGCCAGGAAGACGGUUUAGAUCCAGCGGCGAGUGGGAACUGCUGGUGCGAAGCCCGACCGACCCAGCGCCUCGGGGGCAGCCCCUGUCUCUCAGCUUGCCUUCUCUCUUUGCUUCUUUUCAUACCUGACAAAUAAUGCGUGUCGUGAUCUCUUUUCGUGGUUUUAAGUUCUGGAAAAUGAUGAAGGUGCAGUUUUUACUCCUAGCAGGAAUAUUCGACGCUGGCCGACAUUUCAGUGGCUCGUACAGUGACGUGAACAGCUCGGUGUUUAGGGUGAUGUGCAUUUGUGUGUAAUCGUGGCGGAUUUGGACCCGACUCCCUGAGCGAAUGCUGAGGGACACAGGGCAGUUGUCUUAAUUCUUUUCUCUAGCCAAGCAGUGUUUUGAGCUGAAAUCUGUAUUUUUGAGAAGUGGGGCAGCUAUUAUUAACACAGGUAACUGGACCACGUUGCCUUUGGUCAACCUCUGAACCUACACCCGUGAACAGGACAGAAAGCAAAAGCUCCUUCUCAAAGCCCAAAUACCAUUCCAGAGAGCUGAGUAUUUCCCUUACCCUGUUUCUUGUGACCAGUCCAGCGCUGGGUCUGCAGCAGGGGGGUCACAGUGGGAUGGAGUUGUCCAUCCUGCCGUUCGGAUGAUGGAACUUUAAAAGGUUGAUGGCCCAUUUACAGUGGAGCUCAGCCCGGUGAACUCUUUUUAUUUUGGGGAGCAAAGAUCCUAAGGGGAAGAAGAAAAAGCAGCUUUUACACAACAAGUCACCUUUCAGCAAUUGGAAAGUGAUUCGAUUUUGUCAAGCACAACUAAAGUGGCUGCUCGGGGUAGGCAGAGACACAUCCUGGUAUCCACACCAUCCUUGCAGAGUUCCCAUACUUUGUUUCUGGGUGUUUAGAGUCCUUAAGGAUACCAGACAGCUCACAUUCCUGUUGCCUUGUGCCUCAUUAUGUUAGCUAGUGGGCCAAUUGGGUUCCCAAAUAAAGGGGAGUAUUUUAAAAAGAAUUAGGAAAGCCCAGGGCAUCCCAGGCCACAGAUCACCGUAGAAGGUUUAGGGCCAGGACUGAAAAACAUAUAUUUAACUUUCACUAUUUUACUGCAGUUCAUUUCUGUAAAACUGUUGGGGACCUUGUGAAAUCCUUGCUGUUUUUUGAUAUCUGCUUUUUUUUUUUGUAAUAAUAAAGACCAGACAGUAAAUCAUCACUGAAUGUUUA